AGGUUCGGACCAGUAACAUUCCAGUCACACCGCUUCCGUGCCUCCAGCCUGGGGCACUGGGCCUUGGGGGGCCACCAGUGACACACCAGUAACAUCCCAGUUCUGAUCCCUACUGCUUUGGGCUGGAAGGGACCUUCAAAGGUCAUCUCCUCCACCUUCCUGCUCUGCAGGGAGGGUGUUGGUGCUCCUGGUGUGGAAGACUGGGCUUGGCCAGGUCGGAGCAGCUGCCCUGGCCUGGAGCCCAUGGUCCCUGUGGAUCCCAGAGGAUUCCAGAGCUGGGGAGAACCCAACACAACACUGCUGACCUCCCGUGCACCCACAGAGUUGGAGUCUGCAGCCUCCCCAAACUCCAGGAGAAAAGUUUGACACCAGUAAGGAAUGUGGGAAGAGGGAGGAAUGUGGGAAGAGGUUUAGGAUCUGCUCAGCCCAUCUCCACCAUCAGAAAAUCCAUCAGGGUCAGAGACCCCAGCAAUGUCCUGACUGUGGGAGACGGUUUAGCGACAGCUCGGAUCUGGUCCAACAGUGACACCAUCCCACAGGCACCAUGUCCUACACCUGCCCUGACUGCGGGAAAGGUUUUAGCAGGAGAUCAGAUGUCAUCAAUCAUCAACGGAUCCAUACGGGUGAGAAACCCUUUAAAUGUUCCGAGUGUGGAAAGGAGUUUUCCCACUGUUCCAAUUUAUCACGGCAUCACCGCAUGCACACGGGAGAGAAACCCUAUAAGUGUCUGGAGUGUGGGAAGGGGUUCUUCCAGAGUUCUGAUUUAUCACGGCAUCACCGCAUCCACACGGGAGAGAGACCCUAUAAGUGUCUGGAGUGUGGCAGGGAGUUUACCCGGAGUUCCCAUUUAUCACAGCAUCACCGCAUCCACACAGAAGAGAAACCCUAUAAGUGUCUGGAGUGUGGGAAGAAGUUUUCCCAGAGUUCUGAUUUAUCACAGCAUCACCGCAUCCACACGGGAGAAAAACCCUAUAAGUGUCUGGAGUGUGGGAAGGAGUUUUCCCAGAGUUCUGAUUUAUCACAGCAUCACCGCAUCCACACAGGAGGGAGUCCCUAUAAGUGUCUGGAGUGUGGGAAGGAGUUUUCCCAGAGUUCCUCUUUGUCACGUCAUCACCGCAUCCACACAGGAGAGAAGUUGUAUCCCUGCACUCACUGUGGGAAAGCCCUCAGUAGUAGCACCUCUUGGAUUAAUCACCAACAUGUCCACACUGAAGAAAAACCCUACACGUGUCCCCAGUGUGGAAAGGGCUUCACAGCCAGCUGGGGUCUCACCCAACACCUACGGAUCCAUAGGGGUGAACGUCCCUACAAGUGUCCUGAGUGUGGGAAAAGCUUUACAAGGAGGUCAAAUCUCACCCAACACCUACAGAUCCAUACUGGUGAACAUCCCUACAAGUGUCCUGACUGUGGGAAAAGCUUUACAACUAGGUCAAAUCUCACCCAACACCUACAGAUCCAUACUGGUGAACAUCCCUACAAGUGUCCCGACUGCGGGAAGAGCUUCAGGCAAAGCUCGCAUUUGAAAACCCAUCAACGCCUCCAUACCAGUGAAAAACAUUAAAGCAGUGCAAGAGGAGAUUUUACUGGAAAUUAGAUUUCAUCUGGCAUUACCUGACCCAUCACAGCCAUCA